UACCCAAAAAGGAGUCAAUUCUAUUUUUUUACUAUUUUCUAAUGGCACGCAAAUCUGAAGGAACAAAACCAUCAGAACUGAAAAAAAGACCAGUAAAGGCACCUUUGAUAGACAAAAUACCUUCUAAAUCAGAUGCUAUUCCUCAAGAUGAGCAACUAAGAAUAUUAAACCAAACUGGUUUAUUACAAAAAGUGAAAAAGCGUGAAGCUGAAUUGAAACAACAACAACAGCAGCAGCAGCAGCAGCAACAAGAAGGCACAACUUUAGAAUAUAUCUAUACCGCCAUCUUUUUAAGUAUACCCUUUUCAGUUCUUUUAGCUACCUUUGAUAUUGUAGUUAAAGUACAAUAUUUUGAGCCUUGGAGUUUCAAAGGAAUGGCACUCAAAAGUAUCAAAUCUGUACCAGCACUUGCACCAUUCAUCUAUUUGACCUGUCGAUAUAAAUCAGAAAGAUUAACUCAAGCUACCAUGUCAGUUCUAGCUGUGCUUGCAGGCUCAUUUUUACUCUAUACCAUCAACCAUACACCUUCAUUAGGCCAAAUGAUGCGUUCACCGGGAUUGGCUACUGUAUGGAUAUACCUCAUCAUCCAGCUUGAUCUUGUACCAGCUACAUUAUCCCUCGCCAUUGUAGCACUGUAUUGGUAU